AUGUAUUUGAAUGAAAAGUAUAUUGAACUGAUUGUAAGAAAAGAAGAGAAGGGAAAAUUAAAAAUCAAAUAGAUAAAUUAAAAGAUAUUGAAAAUGAAUGAAUAAAGGAAUGAAGAAUUGAAAUAAUUGAUGUUUGAAGUAAUUGAAGAGGAUUUAACUAAAAAGAUACUUAUAUGGAAACAGUAAAAGUAAAGAAUAAAUUAAGAUUUUGUUUAAUGUUUGAUGUUUGUUUUUAUAUAAAUUAUAUAUAUUAUUAAAUAUAUGAAUGUUUGUUUGUUUUUUUGUUUGUUCGUUUUAUGCAGGUCUAUCAAUAUAAAUGAUUACUAUUUAAUCUUUGUUUUGUUUUUUCAUUCAUAUAAUACUGGUUUUAAAAAUAUGUGA